GACGGAGGUGCGAGGGCGUACGCGCGACGGAGGAAACGCAGAGACUACUAGAUAGACAACGGUGAAACAUACAAGUGCCGCGUUAAGGGAAAAUAGGGAAAAUAUGCGAGCCGAUCGGGAGGAGGCAACGUUAGACCGUCGUACCUCGUAGAAGAGAUAGAGAGGUGGGAGAGACCGACGUACGUGUGCGGUCAGAGGUGGUGCACGAUACCGCGUGUAGGCGGGGAGAUCGUCGGCGGAGGUGUGGAAGAGAGCUGGCCCCUCAGGUUACCGCGCCGCGCGCGAGCCGCGAUUACCGCGCAGUGUGCGAAUCCGCUCCGUUCCGUUCCGCUCCGAUUAUCGUCCGGGUGGAGAGAUCUCAGACACGUCGCGAGCGCGUUGCAGUGGUAGUAACCCUGACCUGACCCCCCGCAUACGACACCACGUUACGUCCCUCUCGGGCGCGGGCUCGCCGCGCGCUCCGCGUAGUCCGCGUAUCGUCACAUUCGUCACAGUGUCCACGCGAGGUUCACGGUGUGCGCGCGCGCGUGCAAUAAACCACAUCGACGAGCCCCGUCCGUGCCGAGCGUCAGCGUACCUCACGUACGUAAAACGGAGCUUAUCGGUGAUCGAUCGAUCGCGCGCGUGCGACAGACGAUUCGCCGCGACGCGGAUACGCGGGAUACGCGGAACAAUCGGCGGCGAUCGGCGACGACGACACGUCGUCGAGGAAGUAGCGCACGACGAUUGUCAGCUUCGCGAGUACGAAUCCUAUCUCGAAUCGUCAUCCUCGAAAUCAGCCACCUUCCUUCACUCGCCCGCGCCGCCCCGCCGCGCCACCCGGGGGAAAACUGCGAGUCGAGUGUGAUAGCCGGAAUCGCGGAGUCGCUGGCGAUCGCCACGCGAAGGACGUGAAUCGGUUUCGUUUCGUCGGGCCGUGAAACGGGGUGGUGAAACGUAUCGCGUAUAUAUACGCUAUAUACACGUUCUUCCCUCCCGCCCUCUUCCCUCCCGUCCUCCAACGCCUCCGCCUCCGCCUCCGCCUCCGCCUCCACCUCCGCGAUACGAUCCGCGGAGCGACCUCGUAUCCGUAGUCGCGUGUGUGUGAUAGUGGCAAGCAAAAGGUCGCGCGCGCUGCGCUGCGUAUUUGGGAGGAUUCCAAGUGGUCCAGCAGUGUGUAUCCCCGCCGAGUGGAUCGAAAUUAUGUUCGCCAGGGGAUAGCCCGCGAACGAGACGCGCACACGACAAACGAGAGUGGUAUUCGGGGCGAGCGAGCGAUCGAACGCGGAGGAGGCAGGAGGAAGCUAGGAAAAAGGUAGUUUCGCAACUAGCAGCGCUUCGCGUAGAAGCGUCGCGACGACAAUGACAACGCGCGUCGCCGAGUGAGCUUGGCUCCCCAACAACCAAGAGGAUGCCACGGAGACAGGGUCGCUGCCGAAUCGUACCGGGGCGACACGGCAUCAGUGGGAUCUAGAGAAACGUUUUCUGAGGAGAGCGAGUGGAGCAAUCGGAGGGCGAGGGAGAAACGAGAACGAGAUUAUACACAUGCCUUGAGUCCGAGAAAAAUAGAUCGAGGCAUGAUAUAGAAGGUGGGAAAUCAAACAAGAAAGAGUAAAAGUUAGAGAGAGAAAGAGAGAACAGCGAAAGGAAAAUAGGGAAGAGCGAAAGACAGAACGAGGAGGAAGUUGUCAACGUGACAAGGAGGAUCGCAGUCUUUCGGUUUUCCGAAGCUCGUCUCCGUGGGUGUUUUUACGCGUGCGGCCGUGGAUCGAUAGUUUGUCUCGCACGCUCGUGUCGAACGGGAGUUGCGAGUUACGACGGCGAGUUACGCUACGUGGAGGACGCGAUCGCGAGCGGUCCUCUUUCGUUCGAUAACAACGACACCCUCGAGCCGCGAGUAACGAGACCCGUGGGAGACGAGGAGCAAGUUUCCAAAGGGGCCUAGCUGGUGGUGGGUGCUAGUUAUCGCGACAGUCGUCAACGUCGCAAAAACGCUCGGCGAUCGCAAGCUCCGCGGUGAUUUAUGGGGGAUUACAGCGCGACGAGCCUCUUCUCGAGUACCCUGACCAGCCCGAAACCUAGUACGACCACAAGCAACAUCAGCAGCGCCGCCGUCACCAUAACGACAUCCACGAUGCAGGACGAUCUACUGAUCGAGAAGCAAACUACUGGCAAGCCCGCUCCGCUCUCGCCGAGCGGUGGUCUCGACACCGUGGCUGGACAGGACAAAUCGAAGGACGUGAUCGAGGCGGAGAACAUCGCCAUUACCCCGACGACGCCCUCGUCGACAGAAAAAGACAUCACAUGCAGCACGACAUCAGCUUUGCAGGGCUUCGCUGAUCCCGGUGGCCGUGUACCCAGCCUCUGGUCCGCGCCCGAUGACGGCGGUCUGCACCCCGCGUUACCAGUCAAUGGUUCCGGUGCCGCCGCUGCGGUUUCGACCGGCACACGACGUGCCAUCACGGCCAGUCACAAUUUUCCGCAGCAGCAACAACAGCACGGUAACGCGGGUGCGCCCACCGGCACCAGACACGGCGGUCUGCAGGUGUCGUCCGCGCAGCAGCAGCAGCAGCAACAGCAGCAACAACAACAGCAGCAGCAUCAACAGCAGCAGCAACAACCUCCGCCGACGUCACACCCAAGCGUCUAUCUGCCCGGCAAAGGAUACGCCGCGUGGUCAGGCGGACCGCAAGCUCCGCAACAAUGGGGCGCGGGCCCGCAAGCGGCCGCUGCUGCCGCAGUCGCCAGUCCGGGCCUGUCUCCAUGGAACCGCGGUAGAUCCGUACCUAAUAUACCACCGCUGCACUCGUCUUUGCACGCCGCCGCAGCGGUUGCGGCCGCAGCCGGUCUGCAGGGUCGCAAGCCGAGUCCGACGUUCCCGGGCCAUCCGGGCCCGGCAGCGGCGCAUCCCUCCUGUAUCAGCCCGGUCAAGUUCCGUCGAAGCACGUCGUAUCCCGGCAAGGGCAACAUAUAUCCACCUCAACCAGCACCGACCUUCGAGGUAACCGCCGCCGAGGAGAGGGAUCUGCUGCAGCUGCCACCGUUUCAGCAAGAUCGUAUGACGGCUAAUGGAAACUCACCGUUAGACAACAUGAGGACUUUGGAACACUAUCUGAGCGACAUUAUGCGAGCCGGCGCAGCGGACACCCCAGAACAUCUGAAAGGAUUCAUAAACUGCAACACCGCCAACACGUUGCAGUCGCUCGCGCAGCUACAUGGUAAAUCUCCGUUCUUCCCGAGUCUCGAUGAGCAAGGGCUGGAGGAUCCAAAUGCGCCGAGCCAGUUGGACGGUGUCGGCGUUGGCGUCGGAGUAGGCGUCGGCGUCGGCGUGGGUGGCGGGAUAACGGCGUCCCAAGCGGCGCCGCUCUCGUCGCCAAGUCGGAGCAGUCCGCACAGCCAGGGCAGCGAAACCGGCGAGCGUUUCUCGAGGAAAGUCUUCGUCGGCGGAUUACCGCCUGACAUUGAUGAAGACGAGAUCACAGCCAGUUUCCGCCGCUUUGGUCCGCUUGUUGUGGAUUGGCCGCACAAGGCAGAAAGCAAAUCCUACUUCCCUCCGAAGGGUUACGCAUUUCUGCUGUUCCAGGACGAGGGUUCGGUGCAACAGCUGAUAGAUGCCUGCAUCCAAGACGAGGACAAGCUUUACCUUUGCGUGAGCUCGCCCACGAUCAAGGACAAGCCCGUGCAGAUCCGACCUUGGCGGCUCAGUGACGCCGACUUUGUGCUGGACGCCUCCAUGCCGCUUGAUCCGCGAAAGACAGUCUUUGUCGGCGGGGUGCCGCGGCCGCUCAAGGCAGUCGAGCUCGCGAUGAUCAUGGAUCGGCUUUAUGGUGGUGUCUGUUAUGCUGGCAUCGAUACCGAUCCUGAGCUCAAGUAUCCCAAAGGUGCCGGCAGAGUCGCCUUCAGUAAUCAGCAAAGCUACAUAGCUGCCAUCUCAGCCAGAUUCGUACAGCUGCAGCACGGCGAUAUUGACAAAAGGGUUGAAGUCAAACCAUAUGUUCUGGACGAUCAGAUGUGUGACGAAUGUCAAGGCCAGCGUUGCGGAGGCAAAUUUGCACCGUUCUUCUGCGCCAACGUCACCUGCCUACAGUACUACUGCGAGCAUUGCUGGGCAACUAUUCACUCCCGGCCAGGUCGGGAGUUCCACAAGCCGCUGGUGAAGGAGGGCGCGGAUCGGCCUCGGGCCGUGCCUUUCCGUUGGUGUUAACCCCAGCUGCGUUGUCCCUAAUUAUCUCGCAGCCCUAGCUAAUUAACUACCACCUCUACCAAUAUCUCCCCACCCUCCCCUCACGUGCCCCAACCAACCCUCACUUCCCUCCGCCUCCCAUAUUACUUACUUACUUACCUACAACAA